AGCAGUCAAUCACCAUCCUUAUCGGGCCUCCACGCGCCACUGUUACUCCUCCCCCUCCUCAACCCAAGCAAAAUGGCGGACGUUGAUGACUGCGAUGUGACCAUGGAUCCUGAGAUGGAAAUACUCAGCGACGAGGAAUUGGAAAGGGAAGCAGAGAGUUUUAAAGAGCAGGGUAAUGCCUAUUACAUCAAGAAAGAUUACUCUGAAGCUUUUGAAUACUACACCAAGGCCAUAGACAUGUGUCCUAAGAAUGCCAGUUACUAUGGAAACCGAGCAGCUACGUUGAUGAUGCUGAGCCGGCACAGAGACGCACUGGAGGACGCCCAGCAGGCAGUGCGGCUCGAUGACACUUUCAUGAAGGGUCAUCUACGGGAGGGGAAGUGCCACCUGUCCCUCGGCAACGCCAUGGCGGCACGACGCUGUUUCCGGAAGGUUCUAGAACUGGAGCCAGACAACAGUCAGGCGCAGCAGGAGGUGAAGAAUGCAGAUUCUGUCCUGGAGUAUGAGAAGAUGGCCGAAAUAGGAUUUGAGAAACGUGACUUCAGGAUGGUUGUGUUCUGUAUGGAUCGUGCCUUGGAGUCCGCCUCCGCCUGCCAUCGGUUCAAGGUGCUGAAGGCAGAGUGUCUAGCCAUGUUGGGGCGCUACCCAGAGGCCCAGUCUGUCGCCAGUGACAUCCUGAGGAUGGACUCCACCAAUGGUGAUGCUCUGUAUGUCCGUGGUCUCUGCCUCUACUAUGAGGACUGCAUUGAUAAGGCCGUCCAGUUCUUUGUCCAGGCACUGCGUAUGGCCCCGGAUCACGAGAAGGCCCGUCUGGCCUGCAGAAAUGCCAAAGCACUCAAGGCCAAGAAAGAAGACGGCAACAAGGCGUUCAAGGAGGGGAACUUCGAUGAAGCCUACCAGCUAUACUCUGAGGCCCUGACUAUAGACCCCAACAACAUCAAAACCAACGCUAAGCUCUUCUGUAACAGGGGCACUGUGGGAUCUAAGCUGAAAAAACUCGACCAGGCCAUUGAAGACUGCACAAAGGCAAUUAAACUGGACGAGACUUACAUCAAGGCCUAUUUACGGAGAGCGCAAUGUUACAUGGACAAGGAGGAGUACGAGGAGGCGGUGAGGGAUUAUGAGAAGGUCUACCAGACGGAGAAAACAAAAGAGCACAAGCAUCUCCUGAAGAAUGCACAGUUAGAGCUGAAGAAGAGCAAGAGAAAAGAUUACUACAAGGUGCUGGGGGUGGAUAAGAACGCCACCGAGGACGAGAUCAAGAAGGCUUACCGCAAACGGGCCCUGAUGCACCACCCAGAUCGUCACAGUUCGGCCAGUGCUGAGGUCCAGAAGGAGGAGGAGAAGAAGUUUAAGGAGGUGGGCGAGGCAUUCACCGUACUGUCCGAUCCCAAGAAGAAGUCCCGCUAUGACAGCGGCCAGGACCUGGAGGAUGAUGCGGGCAACAUGGGAGAUUUUGAUGCCAACAACAUUUUCAAGGCAUUCUUUGGUGGCGGAGGUGGCCAAGGAUAUACUUUCGAAGGUAAUCAAUCUUCUGGACCAGGAAAUUUCUUCUUCCAGUUUGGUUAAUUGGAAGCUGCUACUCCAGUAAUGGACUCUAUUCAAACAGAUUCACCCCCGACUCCAUUUUAAUUUGCCUGGCUGUUGCUCCGUUGGCCUGUCAUUACCUGAGUGAAUAAUUCCACCAUAUCAAGUUGUGCAACAGAAUAAUGAAGCAAGACUAUGAAGAUUCGUACUGUUUUCAUACACAAUUUGGUGUCAUCAUGUUAAACAGUAAUUACAAAAUUAAAAUGUAUAUAAAAAGAAUGUUGACCCCAAAAGUAUUGAUCAUACUUUGAAACAAACUAUUCUGAUUUCUACGCCUCAGGUCAAGGUUGGACUAAUAAAGGGGAAAUCUAAAACAGGCCAGGGCCCACCUUCCCAAAAGCGUCCCAAAGUUCCAAUGCAGCCAUUUAUUUUUUUUCAUUGCAGUAUUGUAUAAUUUUUGUGUAUUAAAGUAGCUUACUUUAAUUGCUUUAAAAUUAUAUGGUUAAGAAAAUAGUGAAAAGUAGCUUCUCAGCGAAGAGCUAAAACCCCACCCAAACAUAAUUCAGCCACUCUUUUCAAACCGUACUUACAUUAAAUGGGCAUUUUCAGUUUCACAGUAUUAUUCGAACCUCAUACUGUGUCAGUAUACAUUAAACACAGGACACUUUAUUUUUUUUCUUUUGCUGAACUGGACUUUUAAGACUUUUAUUCAAACCAUGUGAGGCUGAUGAUAAACUUAGCCUUACGAUGCUUAUGGGAAACGGGCUCCUGUGCUUUAAGCAUGCAACCAACCCCAUUUAGCUGCCUGCCCCUUACCUUGACCUAGUGCCCAAACAUUCAAAGCAUGCAUUACGUUGCCUAGUAUUUAAUGGGGAAAAACACAGCAGGCAACUGAACAACUUUUACUGUCGUGUGGGGAGCCUGCAUUUAUGUCCAACAACCAAAAGAUCACUUUGCGGCUGAGUGGAUGCUGAUUGAAAGUUGUCUUCAUUUCGUGUGUUAUGAACAGUUAAGUUGUAAUUUUAGGUUUCUCAAACAGCCUGGGGUCAAUAGAGUUAAAUCCAUCAACAGCUAUUUGAGUACAGUCAGAAGACGACAGUGGAGAUGGCUUUUCUCAUAGCUCCAUGUGUGUUCUGUCUGGCAGGCCGGUUGCCAUCUUGUGGGCGGCUUCUACGCCACAGGUUUUAUGUUCGAUGUUGCCAUUCACCGGUUGCUGCAUUGUACAUUUUACUGAAAUGUAAAGUGUUUAUUUGUGUUGAUAGUUUGACUGUUUUCCUUUUUUUAUUUUGAUAUGUAUAUUUAUUGUAAAUUUGCUGUCUCAUAGAGCUGCUACCAAGGGGUGAGGAUGCUCCUUCAUUAUGGACAAAAUAUAACUUACAGGGCACCAAGGAAGAGCUUCCUUUUGACACAAUAUCAGGAAAUUAAUUUGGUUGUGCUCACCCAGCAUAUAAGGUACUGUGUCGACAUUUUUAUUAUACUGGCUGUGUUCCCCAGCAGGCUGAAUGCAAGCCACCACUCAGUCAACCAGUACUGUACCUUCCUCACUGCAUACAAGUAUUGUAUACAAUUUGAUUGGGGAUAUCUAGAUUGUGUCUGGACAAGCAGUCAUGACUUAACACAUUGCCUGUGUUGUUACCCAGAUUAUAAUAAGGUGGAUGUCUGUGGGCUAUUAACGUAGCCAUAUCCGACUGUCCUGGCCACAGUUCCUUUUCUCCUGUUAAUUAUGCAGCUAAUAUGAAAAGAGCCUAUCAUCCUGUUUACACAUGGUGUAUACAUGCUGUUAAGUCAUAGCAUUGUGGAAGUUUUUUUUAAUCAAUUGGUGCACUUUUAAGAAGUGAGCAUCCCCAACCCCAUCCUGCUCUCAUAAAGCUCUCAACUGUCUUGACUAUGGACCGUUAUCUAUCCAACAGACAUGUAAAUAAAAUUGGCCUCUUCUGGUUUCCCCCUUCAAAUGUC